AUGCGCGCCGUAGGUGGUGUGCCUGCCGGCAGCGGUGUGAUCGGGGCUGGCGAUCGUGGCGUCGUGGGUCUGAUGGAGCAGUCCGGCCAUCACCGGCGACGAGCCGUCGACCUUACCACCGGGUGCGGGCCCUGGCCAGGAACCAAAGGCGGGCGCCGCGCAGGCGCUGGGGUCGUCAUGGCGUUGGCCAAGCUCGGAGACAUGGAGUUGGACGGACUGUACGAGGAGACGGUGUGGUCUCCGUCGGCGCCCAAGGUAGCAGACAUAGACGACCACAAUCGUGAUCGUCUCCGCAAGGGAGCCUACGGCGCGGUACUCAUCGACGAGCAGCCAACCUCGUCUUCCGUCUUCCACAUGGAAGACUUGGCCGCUCCGUUGACUGGUGGCCUCGCCGGUGCUCCUUCGGCCAACACUACUCCACCGCGUCAUGGAACUUCCCGCUCCAAUCUGUCGGCCUGUAAACGCGUUUGGCGCACGAUGCUACCUGACUUUGCCCCCAUCGAUGGGGCGGUGCUCUUUGGAUUGGUGGCCUCCAUCGGCAAUCUACUGCAGGGGUGGGACAAUGCAAGUAUCGCAGGUUCUAUGCUCUACAUAAAGGAUGAGUUCAACUUGCAGAGCAUGCCAAUGGUUGAGGGAGCUAUCAUGGCCAUGGCACUUUUUGGUGCAACAAUGAUCACAACAAUCUCAGGGACGUUGGCUGAUGCAUUUGGUAGGCGGAUGAUGCUAUUAGUCUCGGCAGUAUUAUCCUUUAUUACUGCGAUGAUGGUUAUAUUUUGGUCUCAACAAGUUUACAUGUUACUACUCACGAGGCUUAUUAUGGGAUUCAGUAUUGGUUUGGCAGUCACACUUGUCCCAAUAUAUAUCUCAGAGAUUGCCCCUUCAGAGAUAAGAGGAAAAUUAAAUACAUUCCCUCAGUUAAGUGGUUCUUUAGGGAUGUUAUUAUCCUAUUGUAUGGUGUUUUGGAUGUCCCUAAUGCCUAAGGUUGACUGGAGAAUCAUGCUUGGGAUACAAUCGAUACCAUCAAUGAUAUAUUCAGCGUUAAUCAUUUUCUAUUUGCCCGAGUCUCCAAGUUGGCUUGUGAGGCAAGGAAGGGUCGAUGAAGCAAAGAAAGUUUUACAAAGACUACGGAGAAGGCAAGAUGUCUCAGGUAUGACAAAAAUCACACUGAAAUUUCAGUUUCAUUUCUCCCUUCUCUCGUUAUUGUACUGCUAA